AUGGAGCGGGAGCGGAGGGCGUUGUGCCGUACUUACUGUACGUCGCUGUACACGUGCGGCCUGUGGGCGGACUACACGCAGAGAGCGUACAACGCGCUCCGCGUCCAGUACAAUCUGUACAAUAACGCAUUUAGGGCGGUGUUGGGGCUGCCCCGCUACUGCAGCGCAUCGGGCAUGUUCGCGGGGGCGCAAACGGCCUGUUUCCACGCCACCAUGCGCGUGCGCGCCGCUGCGCUGGUGCGGUGCGUGCGGGCCAGCGCCAACACUGUCCUGGCGAUGAUCGCAGAUCGUCAUGACUGUCCUUACAUCACGCACUGUUGCAACAGGCAUGUAAGGAUAGGUGUAGGCUAG